UCUUCACCAAUUGUUCUGUUAUUACUUAGGCAAAACCUAAACACAGAGAACAACCAUGACGGAAGCGGUGGCCGAUUCACGCAACAAUGCAUCGGUGCAAGCCACUAACGAUGACGCUUCAGCCAGUAAAUUGUCAUGUGUAAAAAAGGGAUACAUGAAAGAUGAUUAUAUUCAUUUAUUUGUGAGAAGGCCUCUGAGGAGAUCUCCAAUUAUUAAUCGUGGCUACUAUGCUCGUUGGGCUGCUUUUCGGAAACUUCUCUAUCAGUUUCUUGAUGUUGAUAAAAAGGCUGAUGGAGAUGCCCCAAUAAAGAAGCAGAUAUUAUCACUUGGAGCAGGCUUUGAUACAACAUAUUUUCAGUUGCAGGAUGAGGGGAAAGCGCCAUAUUUGUAUGUGGAAGUGGAUUUUAAGGAGGUAACUAGUAAAAAGGCAGCUCUUAUUGAGACUCACAGUCAAUUGAGGAAUAAACUUGGUGAAUUAGCAACCAUAUCAAGAGAGAAAGGAGAAGUUGUCAGUGCUCAUUAUAAACUAGUCCCUGCAGAUUUGCGUUAUGUACAACAAUUAAAUGAUAUUAUAUCUGUUGCUGGUAUGGAUCCAAGUCUGCCAACUUUUAUAAUUUCAGAAUGUGUUCUGAUCUACUUGGAUCCAGAUUCAAGUCGUGCAGUUGUUGGUUGGGCUUCGCAAACAUUUACUACAGCAGUAUUUUUUCUUUAUGAGCAGAUCCUCCCAGAUGAUGCUUUUGGGCAGCAGAUGAUGAGAAAUUUGGAGUCUCGAGGUUGUGCUCUAUUGGGCAUUUAUGCUACACCAACUUUACAUGCAAAGGAAAAAUUAUUUCUGGACCAAGGAUGGCAGAAAUCUGUUGCAUGGGACAUGCUGAGAGUUUAUAACGAUUUUAUUGAUGCUCAAGAAAGACGCAGGAUUGAACGGCUGGAAUUGUUUGAUGAAUUUGAAGAGUGGUACAUGAUGCAGGAGCAUUACUGUGUGGCUUAUGCAAUCAAUGAUGGCAUGGGUCUUUUUAGAAAUUUUGGUUUUGUUAAUGACAAGACUGUGCUUCAUGAUGAAUCACGAUGAUACACUCCCAUAGCAUAUAUUUAUAUUAUAAUUCCCUUCCCAAUUGCCAUCUAUGGUUGUAACUAUUAUUACAGGAUGCACGUGCCAGCUCUCUGAGUUGGGGAUGUUUUAAAAAUGGUUCAGAAACUUGCUAGAUAUUGUAUCAGAAUUUCUCCAAAUGAUUGUAGAUAUUUUUGCUAGAGAUUUUAA